GGCCUCGUUUCCGCUUACAUCCCGGAAGUAACCACACAACCCAGCCAAACUGGUUAAUUAACCACCAAGUGAAGUCGUUUUCUUCAGUAUGUAACCAUUUCCCUCCCCCUCCAACGACUGGGUUGGCGUAUGACGACCGGAGAUGAGCGUCACGUUAGACAUACGACUGAAAAGAGCUAACAAAGUUUAUCAUGAGGGCGAAUCGGUGGCUGGCGUCAUCGUACUCGCGUGCAAGGAGGCGACGCAGCAUCACGGCAUCUUCCUCAGCAUGGAGGGUCUGGUCAACCUGCAGCUGAGCUCCAAGAGCGUCGGAGUCUUUGAGGCCUUCUACAAUUCCGUCAAGCCCAUCUCGCUGAUCAGCUGCGGCAUCGAGGUGGCCAAGGCUGGAAAGAUCCCAGGAGGCAAGACCGAGAUCCCCUUUGAAUUCCCCCUCAACCCCAAAGGCAACAAAGCUCUGUACGAGACCUACCACGGGGUCUUCGUCAACAUCCAGUACACUCUCCGCUGUGACUUGAAGCGCUCCCUGUUGGCCAAAGACCUCAGCAGAAACUGUGAGUUCAUCAUGCACUGCCAGCCACAGAAAGGUAACAUCAGCGCCAACCCGGUCAACUUCACGAUCACUCCGGACACCCUGCAGAACAGCCGCGAGCGGAGUUUGCUGCCAAAAUUUCUCAUCCGAGGCCACCUGGACAACACCACUUGCGUCGUAAGCCAGCCCCUGACCGGAGAGGUGAUGGUGGAGACCUCCGAUGUUCCCAUCAAGAGCAUCGAACUGCAGUUGGUUCGAGUGGAGACCUGCGGCUGCGCCGAAGGCUACGCCCGAGAUGCCACAGAGAUCCAGAACAUCCAGAUAGCCGAGGGCGACGUGUGCCGUGGGCUGUCUAUUCCCAUUUACAUGGUGUUCCCCAGGCUAUUCACUUGUCCCACCCUGGAGACCACCAACUUCAAAGUCGAGUUCGAAGUCAACAUUGUGAUCGUGCUCCACGACGACCACCUGAUCACCGAGAACUUCCCUCUGAAGCUGUGCAGGGUCUGAGAUUUGUGUGGAUGAAUAAAACAGUUAAGAAUC